ACAAAAAUAUAAAAAAAAAAAAAACAUUUAAAUAAAUAAAUUAAACAAAAGAAAAAUAUUGUUAUAAAUAUUGUAAUUUUUUUAAUAAUGAAAAUUUGCAGUGUGUGUGAGACUAAUAAUGCUCUCUAUAAAUGUCCAGCAUGUAAAACACCUUAUUGCUCAAUUGAAUGCUGUAAAAAUCAUAAAUUAAAUAAAUGUGAAACAUCAAUAGCUGAUGAUAAAAAUAAUAACUCAACAGAUGAAUCUUUGGAAAAAAAAUUUGAGUAUAAUUUUCCAACAGAAGACACAGUUCCUCUAGAUAAACUUGAACUUUUACGUAGCAAUGAUGAUGUCAAGCAGUGUCUUGCAAAUCCUCAUGUUAGAGAUAUCAUUAAAGAAAUAUUAACAUCACCAGAUCAAAUGACUGCCAUUGGAAAUGCUAUAAGAGAGCCUAUUUUUGAUGAACUUGUUGGUGCUUGUUUACGACUUGUCGAGAAAAAAGAAUAAUUAAUUUAUCUGUAAUAUAUUUUUAAUCAUUUCAUAAAUAAUAACAAGUUGAUGUUAAUAAAACUUUUAAUGUAAUUUAUUGUUUAACAAGUGCCAUGAUGGGUGAUAGAAAUUAUG